AAAAAAAAAAUCAUUGGUGGUUUGACAGUUCCUGUUGAAGGCGCGGUAGAUAAGCCAAACAUUACUUCAUUCUACGGUAAAAUGGACAUAACCUUGAGCAUUCUACCUCCAUGCCCUGAGAGACUGCACCCCGACUAAGAAACUGGGCAGAAGUUCAAUACUGUCACCCAGUUCUGCAGAUGCGGUGAUCCCUAGCAACGCAUCCUCGCACAUUCCCGGGGAUCAUAAAGCUCAUUCCCCCUCGCCCUCCCCGCCUACCGGCCCCCACCCGACAUGGCGUCCCUCCUCCGCUCCCUGGUGGAGCUGUCUGAGAAGGCGGCCAACCUGGCUCGCAUCAUCCGCUCGGAGAGGGCGCUCUUUGAGCUGCUGGUGGAGGAGAAGACGGGAGAGCAGAAGAACAAGCGCUUCGUGAGGGACUUCAAGACGCUGGGAGACGUCUUGAUUCAGGAGAUGAUCCACCAUGAAAUUGCCAAGAAGUUUCCGAAUCUCGGCGACUACGUCUUUGGAGAGGAGACCAACAAGUUCACCAACACCUUGGGCGAGUCCAUCACAGUAGCCGUCCAGUCAACCGAGGAUCAAACCUGCCAGCUCCUCACCAAGGUCCUGGACGGCAACGGGGACGCUGCCACCCUCUUGGCCAAGGCGGUCCACUGCGAUGAUGUUGCCUUGCCGACCGACCCAGGAUUGGAUAGUUUGAAUGCGGAGGUGGAUGUUGAUUCGCUGGGAAUCUGGAUCGAUCCAAUCGAUGGGACAGCGCAGUACAUCAAGGGCUUAAGUGACGAGCUCCCAACGGACGGCAUCCACGAAGAAGGACUUCAGUGUGCAAUAAUACUCAUCGGAGCGUUUGACAGGCAGAGCGGGGAACCUGUGAUUGGGGUCAUAAACCAGCCAUUCUGCAGAAUCAAUGGUGACAAUCAGUGGCAGGGCCGUUAUGUAUGGGGCAUCAGUCAUGGCAACCUGCAGGCCAAUUCCCUCACCCCGGUCUUCAACGACCUUCCAUCCACCCGGGGUUUGUCUGUCAUCACGAGCUGCAGCGAGAAUGAGGACAUCCGGGCUGCGCUCCACCGGCUCACCUGCGGUAAGAUCCGCUAUGCCAGCGGCGCGGGCUACAAGAUCCUGUGCGCGGUCGAGCGGCGCGUGGACGCGUACAUCCUCACAGCUGGCAGCACGUUCAAGUGGGACACCUGCGGGCCGCACGCGAUACUGCGGUCCCUUGGCGGUGGGGUCGUAGACCUCCAAGCCGCCCUGCGGGUCUACCGGGGGGGACAACACGGUGGGGAACCAGGGAGCGGUGCAGAUCCAGCUGGACUGGAUCUGGGACCGGCUGAGCUGCACUAUCAUGAGCGAGACGCCAGCAGCAGCAACGACCCUGGGCAGAUGUGGGCCAACGCCGGGGGGUUGGUAGCCUAUCGGAGCAAAGAGGUUCUCCUUCAGUUCCUGGAGGCUCUCUCUACUCAUCCAAGCUUAUAGAUGGGUUCCACAAAGUGGGUUUAAGAAGUGGCAUAGCAAGAUAUGGCUCUAGAAGUGUUCUAGGGGGAUUGAUUUCAGGAUGUUUACCAUUUCUAGCAACUAGAAUAAGCUAGCUCGGUACUUCAACAACAUAGGUCAUUCAGGACAUUAGUAGUUGAUGUCAGGAACACCAAGGCGGCUGAAUGCCAACCCUCACGCACUGAACACGUUCAUAUUGGUGUGGUAUCAGGUGCUGUGCUCUCCAAUGAUUUUGGCCUCUGAGGUACCAGACUUGUCCAUGAUUCAGCCUUUGCAAUUCCCGGCUGUAUUCUAAAUUCUUGAAUUCUGGAAGAGAGUUUCGUCGCCCUCAGACUUUUCACUUGAAGACAUCGACCGCUCAACAGACGCAUCGCAUAUCACGUUUGGGCUGCGAACACACCAAGACAACCACUGUCAUGAGCUUUGCACUCAUAAGUAGACUCACUGAAUAAACCUGAGAUUAACUGGAACUCGUAGGCCUAGCAAUGCACAAGAUUUUAAAUUAGUUUUUGGAUUUUAUUUGUACAGAGCUUAUACUUUGUGUAUGAGGGUGUAAGUAGAAUAUCAAAUAUUUAUAUGUCCAUGUAUAUAUGGUAUCUAUGGCAAUAGUCUGUGGAAUAGUUUUUAUUAGAUAUAUCUAGACUCUACUGCAUCAACCAAAGCUUCAGGUCACUUCAAAUAGUCAUUUUUGGAAGGCCUCUAUGCAUCUCAUUUGCAACUUUGGUUAUAAACGAACCUUGCUGCAUGGAAACUACAUAACAAGAGAUGCAUUGUUGCAUUUCUGGAACUACCAAACCUGCCUCUGUCUGGGUUACAAUACGAAAACUGCCUUAGUAUGACAGUUGUCAGUGCAUUGAAUAAUUGUAAUAUGCAAGUACUCGUCUUUAAAACUAAGUAGACUCGAUGUAUGAAAAAUGGAAUAUACCAAGAUGAGAAACAGUUGUGAAGUUUAGAAGAACGAGCCAAAAUUAACAGGAUGAAAAUGUGUGACCAAGUGAUGCACUGCCAGGCGUCAGUAGAGGGCGCUCUUGCCUUUUCCCUUGAUUUCCUUGGAAGGAAACGUUACUUAUCCGAUGCAAUAAGUGAAUUUUGUUUUCCAAUUAUAAGCAAGGGGUGUGAAUUCGUGCGGGGAGCUUGGAGGGUAGUGCUGAGUUUGUUUCUGCAUUCAAUUGGGGACCUUGAACAAUAGAGGACAAUAAGGUCCCCGAUUGACAGAAGGUCCCC